GAAAAAGUUCGAAGAAGAAAUCACCCACCUUCUCGACUCCUUCCAACACAGCUCUAUAUAAACCCAUCCAAGUUCCCCACCUGUCCAUAACCACAAGUCCUUCACUUCCCAAACAAAUCCCAGAAACUAAAACACAGAACUACACAGAACUAAAUUCCCAUUCUUCAUUCCUUUUCACUUUUCUUAAAGAUGGUGUCUUAUGAGUAUAUUCUGGGUGUGUUGUUAGCUUCUUUGCUGGGCUCUGUUUUUUUCAUGAUCAUCAGUACUACUCUUGGUGGAAACAAAAAGUUCAAGGCUUUAAAUGGAGGAGUUAAGAGCAAUGGGUUUGGAAACAGGGAGUUUCAGCCGGAAAUGGAGGAGGAGAAAAGUACUGACGUAGUCAUUGUCGGUGCCGGAGUUGCCGGUGCAGCUCUUGCUUACACUCUUGCCAAGGAAGGUCGUCGUGUGCAUGUCAUCGAAAGAGACUUGACCGAGCCAGACAGAAUUGUUGGUGAGCUGUUGCAGCCUGGGGGUUAUCUCAAGUUGAUUGAGUUGGGUCUCGAGGACUGUGCAAUUGAGUCAAUUGAUGCUCAGAAGGUGUUUGGUUAUGCUCUUUACAAAGAAGGCAAGGAUACAAAACUGACUUAUCCCUUAGAGAAAUACAGUUCAGAUGUGGCUGGGAGAAGUUUCCACAAUGGGCGUUUCAUCCAAAGAAUGCGUGAAAAAACCAUGACUCUUUCAAAUGUAAAAUUGGAACAAGGAUCAGUGACAACACUAAUCGAGGAAAAGGGCAUUGUUAAAGGGGUGAUUUACAAGAACAAGGCUGGAGAGGAGAUGAGAGCAUAUGCUCCACUAACAAUCGUGUGUGAUGGCUGCUUUUCAAAUCUGCGCAAGUCUCUCAGUGCACCAAAGGUUGAAAGUCCCUCAUGUUUUGUUGGUUUGAUCUUGGAGAACUGUGAACUUCCACAUGCAAAUCAUGGACAUGUGAUUUUGGGAGACCCUUCACCCAUCCUGUUUUAUCCUAUCAGUAGCGCCGAGGUUCGUUGUUUGGUGGAUGUACCCGGAACAAAAGUACCUUCAGUAGCUAGUGGUGAAAUGGCUAACUAUUUGAAAACUGUGGUGGCUCCUCAGAUUCCCCCACAGCUGCACAGUGCUUUUAUGGCCGCAGUAGAGAAGGGAAACAUCAGAACAAUGCAAAACAAAAGCAUGGCUGCUAAUCCUGUUCCCACUCCUGGUGCAAUUUUGUUGGGGGAUUCAUUCAACAUGAGGCAUCCUUUAACAGGAGGAGGAAUGACCGUGGCUCUUUCAGACAUUGUUCUUCUCCGCGAUCUCCUUAGACCCCUACAUGAUCUCAAUAAUGCAUCUGCUUUGUGCAGUUACCUUGAAUCAUUCUACACAUUGCGUAAGCCUGUGUCAUCUACCAUCAACACAUUGGCAGGUGCUUUGUACAAGGUGUUUUGUGCAUCACCGGAUCCAGCAAGACAGGAAAUGUGUGAAGCAUGUUUUGGCUAUUUGAGCCUUGGAGGUAUCUGUUCAUAUGGACCUGUAUCUCUACUCUCUGGUCUUAACCCUCGUCCACUGCACUUGUUUCUCCAUUUCUUUGCUGUUGCCAUCUAUGGUGUCGGCCGCUUAAUGCUUCCCUUCCCAUCACCUAAACGCAUGUGGCUUGGGAUUCGAUUGAUCUUGAGUGCAUCAGGCAUCAUAUUCCCCAUUAUAAAGGGUGAAGGAGUUAGACAGAUGUUCUUUCCUGCCACAGUGCCAGCAUAUUACAGAUCUCCUCCUGUCCAUUGAAGAAAUGGCAAGUGCACUUAGAGAAGAAUAUUGUUACGAAGAUUUUAUAUAUAAUUGAUAUGAUAAUCCAAUUUGUAUCAAAAUAGCAGCAUUUGUUCCACCCAGAAAGUAAAGAUCAAGAUGGGGGUCAAUGCUAAAAUUAGGAAGAGGAAAUUAUUCUUUAUGAAUUGUUGUUCUGCCUCGGUAACAAGUGAAAACCCAUGAACUGAAACUUGUACAAAGCUUAAUUAGUGGUAAAUUACCCACAUGAUUUUUUGGAUACUGGCUUAUUUUCUUUCAAGUGCAUGCGGCUGCGAGUAAACUCAUUUGACAUUUUAUAAUGGUAGUCAUUAUUCAUACUUCGAGAAU